AUGCCCCGUCCACGAGAAAAGUCGCCGCGGCGUCCAAAGUUGAGCGCCCGCCAGAUGCGUAUGCUGAUUGACCGAUACCGUAUUGAUUUCAGAGGACCUCUCUCUCCUUCUCAGUGGCCAGAAGGCCAUCCCGAGAUCUUCAAUCGUGUUCGCCAGAUUCGUUUGAUAGAAUUCGACGAAUACAGGCCAGAUGAGACUACUGACCGUGGUUUCUCGGCGAGUCAGCUGAAGAAGUGUGCCUACGAGCUCUUUAAGGUAGCAAAUACAGACCGGAAGAAAAGAGCGAAUGAAUCAGACUUGAGAAGGAGUACUGAGCCGUUAGUCUUCAGAAGGUUUCGAGAAGAAAUGAAAUGGUGCCAGGUUCCUCUGAAACGAAACCUAUCAUCUCAUGCGCUGACUUGA